AUGGCAGCACCUCUUGACCAAGCUAUUGGUUUGCUGGUUGUCACCUUCCAAAAAUACACUAGCAAGGAUGGCGAUAAGAACAGUCUAAGUAAGAAGGAGUUGAAGGAGUUGAUACAGAAAGAGCUGACCAUUGGAUCAAAACUGCAGGACGCAGAGAUACAGACAUUAAUGAAAUAUCUGGACUGCAAUGGAGACGAAGUCGUGAACUUCCAGGAAGACGUCACUUUCCUGGGUGCCAUGGCAAUGAUGUACAAUGAAGCUUUGUGUUUGUAA